CCCGCCCCGCUCGGGCAGAGUAGCAGCGGGAGCGCAGCUUCCCGUGCUGCCACUGCCGCCCGCCUCCGCGCCCCCGCCCCGCCAUGCCAUGUCCGCGCUGAGCUGGAAGCCCUUCGUCUACGGCGGCCUGGCCUCCAUCGUGGCCGAGUUCGGGACCUUCCCGCUGGACCUGACGAAGACGCGGCUGCAGGUGCAGGGGCAGAGCGCCGACGCGCGCUUCCGCGAGAUCCGCUACCGCGGCAUGUUCCAUGCGCUGUUCCGCAUUUGCCGCGAGGAGGGCGCGCGCGCGCUGUACUCGGGGAUUGCUCCCGCCUUACUGAGACAGGCAUCUUAUGGCACCAUAAAGAUCGGCAUUUACCAGAGCAUGAAGCGACUGUUUGUGGAUCGUUUGGAAGAUGAGACGCUGCUGCUCAAUGUGAUCUGUGGAGUGGUUUCAGGAGUCAUCUCAUCUGCAAUUGCCAACCCGACAGAUGUGCUGAAGAUUCGAAUGCAAGCUCAAGGUAGCUUAUUUCAGGGAGGCAUGAUUGGCAGCUUCAUUGAUAUUUACCAGCAGGAAGGCACACGAGGUCUCUGGAGGGGCGUGGUCCCCACUGCACAGAGAGCUGCCAUCGUGGUUGGAGUGGAAUUGCCAGUCUAUGACAUCACCAAGAAGCACUUAAUUCUGUCAGAGUUGAUGGGAGAUACAGUUCUUGCCCACUUCAUUUCCAGUUUUACGUGUGGGCUGGCUGGAGCCAUUGCCUCCAACCCUGUGGACGUGGUGCGGACCCGUAUGAUGAACCAGCGAGCAGUAGUGGGGAGUGUGGAGCUCUACAAAGGCACUUUGGAUGGUCUUGUGAAGACUUGGAAGAGCGAGGGGUUCUUUGCCCUCUAUAAAGGAUUCUGGCCCAACUGGCUUCGGCUUGGACCCUGGAACAUCAUUUUUUUUAUCACCUAUGAGCAACUGAAGCGACUCCCGUUCUAAGGGCUGGCUCUGAUCUGCAAGUACCAUCUUCAAGAUGCGCAGCUGGAAACAAGCAAUCCAAGAGUGCGGUCACCACCACCCCUUCCCCUCAUUUCACUCUCCCUGAGAUGUCUUGUCUCGGCAUAUGUGGAUUGGGACCCACAUGCCCACUGAAUGCAUGGUCCCUGAAGCAUGUCUUCUCUGGAGCAGAAUGAGGAACUGGAGGAAGACGGUGUUUCCCACUGGGGGAAGGAUCAAAUGUGCAACUGUUUGGGCCUGAAUUGGCAUCUUCUGUGAAGAUCAGUGCAUUAUGGUGUCCUUGCAAUGCAGGUGUUUGUUCAGCUGGGUUUGUGAGUUUCUGAGCCCUGCCUAAGGACAGGACAUAAGGUGGAGGCCAUAGUGGGUGCCACUGUGUUUUCCUGCAGACAUGUAACUUCAUUAAACUAUUUAUUGACAGGA